GACAAGAAUCCAAUGCCCAACCCCAAGCCAGCCAAACUUGCGGCCCCCUCUCUGGCCCUUGGCCCAUCUCCAGGAGCCUCACUUAGCUGGAAGGGUACACCCAAGGCCUCAGACCUCCUGGGACCCAAGAGUCUGGGGGGAAACUUCCAGGCUCGGGACCUCCGAGAUGGACCCCACGCCUCCUCUUCCCCCUCUUCUUCCUCCUCAAAACCCCUGCCAUCGUCGCAGCUGCAGCUUCCCACAGUGCCCCUUGUCAUGGUGGCACCCUCUGGGGCUCGCCUGGGCCCCUCACCUCACUUGCAGGCACUUCUCCAGGACAGACCACACUUCAUGCAUCAGUUCUCCACAGUGGAUCCCCAUGCCCAGACUCCUGUGCUACAGGUGCGCCCACUGGACAGCCCAGCCAUGAUCAGCUUCCCACCACCUACCACUGCGACUGGGGUCUUCUCCCUCAAGGCUCGACCUGGCCUGCCACCUGGAAUCAAUGUGGCCAGUCUGGAAUGGGUAUCCAGGGAGCCAGCUCUGCUCUGUACCUUCCCAAGCCCAGGUGUACCCAGGAAGGACAGCACCAUUUUGGCCACACCCCAGGGACCCUACCCUCUGCUAGCAAAUGGUGUCUGCAAGUGGCCUGGAUGUGAGAAGGUCUUCAAGGAGCCAGAGGAGUUUCUCAAGCACUGCCAGGUAGAUCACCUCCUGGAUGAGAAGGGCAAGGCGCAGUGCCUCCUUCAGAGAGAGGUGGUGCAGUCUCUGGAGCAGCAGCUACAGCUGGAAAAGGAGAAGCUGAGCGCUAUGCAGGCUCAUCUGGCCGGGAAGAUGGCACUGACCAAGGCUCCAGUGGUGGCCUCAUCGGACAAGGGCUCUUUCUGCAUUGCAACUAGUGGCACCCAGAACAGCAUUGUUCCUGCCUGGCCUGGCCCCCGGGAAGCCUCAGACAACCUGUUUGCUGUGCGGAGGCACCUUUGGGGCAGCCAUGGAAACAGCGCUUUUCCAGAGUUCUUCCACAACAUGGAAUAUUUCAAGUUCCACGACAUGCGGCCACCUUUCACCUAUGCCACUCUCAUCCGCUGGGCCAUCCUAGAAGCUCCUGAGAAACAGCGGACACUCAACGAAAUCUACUGCUGGUUCACAAGCAUGUUUGCCUACUUCAGAAACCAUCCGGCCACCUGGAAGAAUGCCAUUCGACACAACCUGAGCUUGCACAAGUGCUUUGUGCGGGUGGAGAGUGAGAAAGGAGCAGUGUGGACUGUGGAUGAAUUUGAGUUCCGCAAGAAAAGAAGACAGCGGCCCAGCAGGUGCUACAACCCUACACCUGGCCCCUGA